CUGAGACCGUUCCGCCCUCCCCGCCAUGCCCCCCAAGAAGCAGCAGCAGCCGGCGGGGGGCAGCAAGAAAGCGGACCAGAAAAAGAAGGAGAAGAUCAUCGAGGACAAAACAUUUGGCCUGAAGAAUAAAAAGGGUGCAAAACAGCAGAAAUUUAUCAAGGCUGUGACUCACCAGGUUAAAUUUGGUCAGCAAAAUCCACGUCAGGCUGCUCAAAGUGAAAGUGAGAAGAAGUUAAAAAAAGAAGAUAAGAAAAAAGAAUUACAAGAAUUAAAUGAACUCUUCAAGCCUGUGGUUGCUGCACAAAAAAUUAGCAAAGGUGCUGACCCCAAAUCUGUAGUUUGUGCUUUUUUCAAGCAAGGGCAGUGCACUAAAGGGGACAAGUGCAAGUUUUCCCAUGAUUUAUCUUUGGAAAGGAAGUGUGAAAAACGAAGUGUCUACAUCGAUGCAAGAGAUGAAGACCUUGAAAAAGAUACAAUGGAUAACUGGGAUGAGAAGAAGCUGGAAGAAGUGGUGAACAAGAAGCAUGGGGAGGCGGAAAAGAAAAAACCCAAAACUCAAAUAGUCUGCAAAUAUUUCCUUGAUGCUAUUGAAAAUAACAAGUAUGGAUGGUUUUGGGUCUGCCCAGGUGGAGGAGACAACUGCAUGUAUCGCCAUGCUCUCCCUCCUGGAUUUGUAUUAAAAAAGGACAAGAAGAAGGAGGAGAAACAAGAUGAAAUUUCUUUAGAAGAUCUAAUAGAAAAAGAGCGUGCUGCCUUAGGACCAAAUGUUACCAAAAUUACUCUAGAGUGUUUUAUUGCGUGGAAGAGAAGAAAAAGACAAGAAAAAAUUGAUAAGGCUGAGCAGGAUAUGGAGAGGAGGAAAGCAGAUUUUAAAGCUGGCAAAGCACUGGUGAUCAGUGGACGUGAAGUAUUUGAGUUCCGGCCGGAGCUGGUCGAUGCAGAUGAUGAAGAGGCAGAUGACACCCAUUAUGUUCAAGGAGCAGGAGAAGAUGAUGAGAUGGAAGACCCUGUGUGCAUAAAUGAUGUUGAUUUGAACCUGUAUGUUCCAAAGGCUGUAGAUGAGACUGGCAUUACUGUGGCCAGUCCUGAGCGGUUCAGCACAUACAGCGCCACAGAAAAAGAUGAUAAUAAAUUGAGUGAAGCUUCUGGUGGUGAUAUAAACAGCAGUGAGCAAAAUGAUUUAGAGGAGGACGACAAUGGAGAUGUGGAGUUGGAAAAUGGCGUAAUUGAUGCGGUUCCAGUUGAUGAAAAUCUUUUUACUGGAGAGGACUUGGAUGAACUAGAAGAAGAACUAAACACCCUUGAUUUAGAAGAAUAAAUUGAAAGCUGAAGUGAGGAGUUAAAUCCAUGUGACAAAGUGAAAACUGACUACGUUUUUUCUCCUUUUUGACUAGAAAUUCUGAAAUGGGAGGUUUGUGGUUACCCAGCUGAUUCCGAUGGGCACGUCAUAUACCAGGAAUAUUUUCCUUCAAUCUCAUCUACUCCCAUCUUGACUAUGCUCACAGUAAAAUAUUCAGAGUAGUUGAGAAUUACCUGACAGCUGAAUUUGCAGAAAAUGAGAUUAUACUUUCAACUAAAAGUAGGAAAUGUUAACUGCUUUGCCAGUAUGCAAGCAUGAGUGGGCAAUCUGAUACCAGGUACAGUAUAUAAAUCCAAGCAUACAUUCUUCACCAGAACUGCAUUCUUACUAGAGAUUGUGUUGAUUUAGAAACUGCCUGAAGUGGUUUUUAGGCAGUGUACUCUAAUGGAGCUGAGGCAGUUUAUGCUUCUUGAAAUGGUGAUUUAGCUUUAUUUGAUCAGCUGGAUACUGAAGAUUGUGAACUGGUACAUCAUGCAGUACAGUAUGGUGCCCUCUGUUUAAGUAAUGUUUUAAACUUUCCCACCGCCUUUUGCCAACAAAAUUGUAA